GCGUGUACGAUCUCUUUCACUUUUAUAAAUCAGUAGUGGCCACGGAGUGAAGAGUGCCAUAAACAUUUAACUUAGUCUUAAUACUAUUUUGGAUACUUAAGAUAUACAGUUAAUGAUAUGCGUCACAUGAAGCUAAAACGCCGAUUGAAUGUUUUAUUAAGCUUUUCUCUCGGAGCUGUCAUCAUAGAAUAUUUAGCAGUCAAGGGGCUACCUGAAUGUUUUUUGAAUAGAUAUACAGCUGAAGAAGUGAAGAUGAGUACUCGUGUAGAUAAACUGAACCACAUGUGCAACUGGCUUGUCAACAAAGGAUAUGAAUUAAAAGAAAGUCAGAGAUUCAAACAUAUUAUUGUGGAUGACAAGUACAAAGUUAUGUUUUGCUAUGUGCCGAAAGUGGCAUGUACAAAUUUUAUACGAAUAUUUCUAUCAAUGAAAGACAAAAUAAAUUCCUCUGAUCCUAUGCAUUUAAAAGCAGGAGAUGUCCAUAUAUUAAAGAAAAACUUAACUUUCUUGGAUACAUAUUCUAUUCCAGAAGUGGAGUACCGUAUAAAGCAUUAUACGAAGGCGAUAUUUGUCCGAGAACCACUUGAACGUGUAUUUUCAGCAUAUAGGAAUAAGUUCUUCGAAACAAAUAACCCUAUCUUUAUGCACAGUUUUGGGGAAAAAAUUUUAAGGAUAUACAGAAACAAAUCUACCGUGAAUUCUUCAGAUACUGGCGGUGUUAAAUUUACAGAAUUUGUUCAAUACCUGUUGGAUAGCAAAACAAUUAAACAUGGAUACAAUGAACAUUGGGAAUUAUUUAGUAACCUAUGUCACCCAUGUCUUAUUAGGUAUAACUUUAUUGGUAAAUAUGAAUCACUUGAAACAGAUGCUAACAGCUUCCUAAAACAAAUUGAUUUGGAGGGCAAAAUCAAGUUUCCAAAAAAAGAAACAUAUUAUAAGCAUAAAAGUUCGGCAGAACUACUAUCGGUAGUUUAUAAAAAUAUACAGCCAGAGAUGUUUCAGAAUCUUACGAAAAUUUUUGAAAGGGAUUAUCUUUUAUUUGACUACGAGAUUCCGUCACGCCAACAAAUAAUAAAGAAACGAGUUUAAUUUCGACAAAUCUUAUAGGUUGACUUUAAACGUUAGUUUUCUUGCAAAUAAUAUAUUUGCGUUCAUCCUUGAACAUUAACGGAUGCUGUCUCUGGUUUGUACGGUGCACAGUAGGUACCAUCCAAUCCAUUCAUCCGUUCGUCCGUCCGUCCGUCAAUCCAUUUAUCUAUCUUCCAUUCCUGUAUUACCCUUUGCUGAAACGUAGACACUUUUGCGUGCGACCAUUUCGCGUGGCCACAAUAUAAAAACUCGUGGCCACAAUUUACUAAGUUGUGGCCACAAUAUAAAUGAAGUGUUUUCGGAUGUCACCUCUGUGCCACAGUAUGUUUGAGAGUUUAAAGUUGCUCGCAAAUCUCGCAGGGUAGGUAUCACUCAAAUUGUGCGAUAAUAGAUUUAUGAUAUAAUACCUGCAUAUUUUACUUAUGUUAUCGUUUUAUCGUUUAACCAAUAAAUAUGAUGAUAUGUGCUAACAAAUAAUCAUAAGCAUCACAUCAACGACCUUACAAUUAUCGUGAUCCAUGCUUAUGUGUUAGAUAAAAAUGAAUUUUCUAGGAAUGUGAUAACACGUUUUAAAUACACAAGGCAAACAAGAUACAUGGUAUGAAACUCGACAACGUUAAGAAGAUAAUCAAACACGUGUUAGACUGAAUUGGAUAUCGAAUAUUAAACCUGUGCGAAUAUGAUCGAUUCAAAAGUGUGACCAUAAAUUAAAAUAUAAGGCAUAUUUGUCAUUUAUUUAAUCCCUUGUCAACCUCAUAAUAUUUGAAAAUAGAUGAUUGGCAAUAACACACAGAUGCCCUAUCUUAAUUUCACUAUGCAUUGUUUCAUGACUCGACGCUUUGUUA